GAUAAGGUCUCGCUUGCAUCCCGUGUUGGCCUCAUCGUGCAACAGGAGGGAGGGUGGGACGUAGGGAGGCGUCCAGCAUGUCCCUGAGCCCCCCCAGGCACUCCACCCCCUUCUCGGUCAUCGACAUCCUGCAGCACGGCCCCAUGGACGACCUCCACCGGAGGUUCGGCGCCGUGCAGGAGCCCGGACUGGCCGGCUUGUACCGGUACCAGCAGCAGCAGCAGCAGCAGCAGCAGGAGCACCUCCAUCAGCAGCAUCAGCACCAUCUGCAACACCAGCCCCACCUGUCCACUUCCCCCGACGCCUACAACGUGCCGCACUUCUCGGGCUCGGUCGGGGGGUUCUGCAGCGGCGGCGGCGGCGGCAUCGGCGGAGAAAUGCCGGCCUAUCAGGAGUCGCUAAGGCCGGUUGGCCCUGCGGCUGCGGCCUGGUACGGCGGCCCCGAAACAAGAUACGCGCCAAUUUCCCAGCUGAUGGGCUCCUGCGGCGGCCUGUCAGGCGGCCUGUCUGCAGCCUUGGACGGCUGCACCAAGGCCGCCUUGUCGGCGGCCCCGCGGAGGAAGCGUCGAGUGCUCUUCUCGCAGGCCCAAGUCUUCGAGCUGGAGCGCCGCUUCAAGCAGCAAAAGUACCUGUCGGCCCCCGAGAGGGAGCACCUGGCCGGCCUCAUCCACCUCAGCCCCAACCAGGUGAAGAUCUGGUUCCAGAACCACCGCUACAAGCUCAAGCGACAGCUCAAGGACAAGGCGGCGCAGCGGCAGCACGACGCAGGCGGCGGCGACGGCGGCGGCCUGUGCGCGAUCAACCGCUCAUCGCCGCUGCUCGCCAAGCCCAGCCGGGGCGAACCCGAAGCGACGGCGGAGGCCAAGACGAGCAACCAGCAACUCGACCGGGACGUCCAGGAGGAGCACCGGGAAGGGAAAGGGGGCCGCUCGCUAGAGUCGCCCACGGGCUUCCGCGCGCGCACGGACGCGGCGGUGCUUGAUUACACCGGCGGCGUGCUCGGUUCCUCCACUUUGCUCUACGGCAGAACUUGGUAG